AUGUUUAUAUUAUGGUUUGCAUUGCUCGUAUUUGUAGCUCAAGACUGCUAUUCCCAAGAUGAUGAAGGACCAUAUCGUGGUAAAUUCAUAGGCAAGCUGAAUUCAUAUCAUCAUCAGGUGUCUGGUGAUGUGUAUGCUGUAGAUGAUUGGACAAUUCUACUCAUAAAUUUUAACUAUGAUGGUACUGGAGAAGAUACAUUCUUUUGGGCAGGAGACUCAGGCCGUCCUGGCCCACAAGGGUUUAUCAUACCUGAUCAGUAUGGCAAGACAAACAUCCUAGAGCGCUACAACAAUAUGGAUGUUCGAUUACGGUUGCCAGAGGGGAAACGUAUAUCGCGUAUUAAAUGGCUGGCCGUUUAUGACGUCAACACUCAGAAUGCAUUUGGUGAUGUUUACGUACCCGAUGACUUCGAGGCUCCUUCACCGCGUAACGUGGGAGCUAUGGCAGCUGCGCCUGGAGUAUCGAUCUCCAGUAAGCCCGUCCGUUUCCUCGAUGCAUGCACCUUCAUCAUUCCCGAAUUCCGAUACGACGGCAGCGGGGAAGAAGUGUACUUCUGGACUGGGGUCGGUCCGCAACCUUCUUCUAGAGGUACCAUCAUACCCAACGAAUACGGAUACCUGGAGCCACUCCGCGCGUACAAAGGCGAAGACGUCCAACUGGAGUUGCCGGGCGGACGCACAGUGUUCGAGGUGGACUGGGUCGCCGUGUGGGACGCGCGCGAGAAAACUGCGCUGGCCUCCGUGUUGCUGCCCGCCGCACUCAACGUACCGCCCGCCACGCUCGUCAUACACCCGCACCGAUCUAAACUGCCGCAUUGCAAACAACUACACAGAGAUUACCAAGUCUCAUGGGAGGUUUUUGGAAACCAAAUCACUAUACAACUCGCUGCACAGAUUGGCGAAAACGAGUACAUGGCUUUUGGGAUAUCUGGUAACGACACGCAUUCUCAGAUGCUAGGAGCGGACGUGGCGGUGGCUUAUUUCAACACCACGCUCCGACAGGGAGUCGUCGGCGAUUAUAAUAUUACUGCUCUUGCACCGUGCGUGCGAGUCCUUGGGCAGUGGGUUGGCGUGUGUCACGACGAACGCAACGGCGGCCUCAACAACCACCAGGUGUUCAGCGCCAGCAGGGAGGACGGGCUCACCCUGCUCACCUACCGGCGCAGUCUGCAGCCGGACGAGACAAUGGACCGUGCGUGGAAUACCGAAGGUCCGCAGUACAUCGUGUGGGCCAUCGGUUCUUUGGACCACGAGGGCGAACCCGCCUACCACAGACUCUAUCACCGCUCGGAUGUCAUGGUGAAACUGAUGGAGAAUCCUCCCGAGAAUGACUGCUUUGACUUUGUCAUCGGCGAGCGGGCGGGCGUGCGUGCGUGGGAGCGCGCCGAGCUGUUCGACCCGGCGCUGCGCGUGUUCCGCUGCGCCCUGGGCCCCGCGGCGGGCGCGCGUGGGCUGGCGGGCCGCGGGGCAGGGGGCGCGCCAGCGCUCGCCUGGUACGUGAACGGGCAGCUGGCGCCCGACCUGCAGCUGCGCCGCGGCCUCCACUACACCUUCCGCGUGUCUGGCGGCAACGAGCCGCACUCAGCCACUGAGUACCACCCGCUGGUGGUGACGACGGAGCCGCACGGAGGCAUCGAGCGCCUCGCGGACAUUGAGCAGCGCCGCGUGCGCGUUCUAGCCGGCGCGCGAGCCACGCGCCGCGGCCUCAGCCCCGACGCCGCCGGCCCGCUGUGCCUCGCCGAACGCCCGCCAGGUCAGUGCCCUCCCCCGCCCCGUGCCUCGCCACGCGCCGCGGCCUCAGCCCCGAUGCCGCCGUCCCGCUGUGCCUCGCCGACCGCCCGCCGGGUCAGUGCCCUCCCCCGCCCCGUGCCUCGCCACGCGCCGCGACCUCAUCCCCGACGCCACCGGCCCGCUGUGCCUCGCCGAACGCCUGCCAAGUCAGUGCCCUCCACCGCCCCGUGCCUCGCCACGUGCCGUGGCCUCAGCCCCGAUGCCGCCGUACCGCUGUGCCUCGCCGAACUCCCGCCAAGUCAGUGCCCUCCCCCACCCCGUGCCUCGCCACGUGCCGUGGCCUCAGCCCCGAUGCCGCCGGCCCGCUGUGCCUCGCCGAACGCCCGCCAAGUCAGUGCCCUCCCCCGCCCCGUGCCUCGCCACGCGCCGCGGCCUCAGCCCCGAUGCCGCCGUCCCGCUGUGCCUCGCCGAACGCCCGCCAGGUCAGUGCCCUCCCCCGCCCCGUGCCUCGCCACGCGCCGCGGCCUCAUCCCCGACGCCGCAGGCCCGCUGUGCCUCGCCGAACGCCCGCCAAGUCGGUGCCCUCCCCCGCCCCGCCCCGUGCCGUGGCCUCAGCCCCAACGCCGCCGGCGCGCUGUGCCUCGCCGAACGCCCGCCAGGUCAGUGCCCCUCCCCGCCCCCGCGCCGCGGCCUCAGCCCCGACGCCGCAGGCCCGCUGUGCCUCGCCGAACGCCCGCCAGGUCAGUGCCCUCCCCCGCCCCGUGCCUCGCCACGCGCCGUGGCCUCGACCCCAACGCCGCCGGCGCGCUGUGCCUCGCCGAACGCCCGCCAGCUCAGUGCCCUCCCCCGCCCCGUGCCUCGCCACGCGCCGCGGCCUCAGCCCCGACGCCGCAGGCCCGCUGUGCCUCGCCGAACGCCCGCCAGGUCUGUGCCCUCCCGCGCCCCGUGCCUCGCCACGCGCCGCAGCCUCGACCCCGACGCCGACGGCGCGCUGUGCCACGCCGAACUCCCGCCAGGUCAGUGCCCUCCCCCGCCCCGUGCCUCGCCACGCGCCGCGGCCUCAGCCCCGACGCCACCGGCCCGCUGUGCCUCGCCGAACGCCCGCCAAGUCAGUGCCCUCCCCCGCCCCGUGCCGUGGCCUCAGCCCCGAUGCCGCCGUCCCGCUGUGCCUCGCCGAACACCCGCCAAGUCAGUGCCCUCCCCCGCCCCGUGCCUUGCCACGUGCCGUGGCCUCAACCCCAACGCCGCCGGCGCGCUGUGCCUCGCCGAACGCCCGCCAGGUCAGUGCCCUCCCCCGCCCCGUGCCUCGCCACGCGCCGCGGCCUCAGCCCCGACGCCGCAGGCCCGCUGUGCCUCGCCGAACGCCCGCCAGAGGCGGACCCGCGGCUGGACGUGACGUUCGCGACGUUCCGCGCGUUCAACCGCUCGCUGCGCUGGCGCUGUGCGCCGGGCGCGCCCGCCGACCUGCGCGUGUCGCCCGACUCCUCCUGGCCCGACCGCGUCUAUUACCACUCUUUUACACACGCCGACAUGGGCGGACGCAUCUUCGUGGUGGACAAGCACCGCCGCAACAUCGCUCGCAGCACCGCGCACCGGGCGAGCCCGCAGGCCGCAGUACUCGCGCCAGUACUCGCACUCGCACUCGCUACAGUGACCUACACCAGCUGCCACUAG